AGCUGUAUAACAUGUGCUGGGGGUUCUUGACGAACUUCGAAGAGAGACUCUCCAGAGAGGAGCGCCGCAUCUACUCCGCCAUUCUUCAGAUGUACGUUGAUCCAGUGACCAAGCAAGCGCCCCAGCAACUCGUCGUGGACCCGAAGAUAUGCAUUGCAAAAGCAUCAUACUAGUAUAAAUCGCAACACAAAUUUUUUCAGAAGGAAAAACGGAGUUUGUAAUGCUGAUUUGGCUAAGAAACAAGAUUUGUCAUGCAUGAAAGCAAUUAGUACGAGUGCGAUACUUUUGCAGAGCAUAGAAGACAAAGGAGCAGCGCGCUGUGCCCGUUUACGAUAAC